AACGAAUCGAAUUCACUUAGAAUUGGAACAAGCCAAAUGUCUAACUAUAUUAAUGAGGAAAUAAAUCUUCAUAAUUAUUCUGGACGACAUAAUCCACAUCCUCAAAGAGUAACAUAUUUUAAUGGUUUUCUUGGUUUACCUGUACGUGUAGUACAUGAUCCAAUCUUAACAGAUGAUAAUAUUCCAUCAACUCAACAAAAUCAUAAUUCUUCUUUGGAUUUGAGUAAACGCACUAACUUUCCCGUUGGAUUAUCACCAAGUUAUUAUACAGACUAUUUAGUAAAUAAUUCAUUAAAGUUGAAUUUAAAUAAUAAUAAUAAUAAUAAUAAUAAUAAUGAUACAUUAAACAAAUUAUGGAAAUCCAAUUAUUGUUUACAUCAUGUUCCUGUCGGGAUUCUUCCUUUAUCAUUAACUUGUCGAAAAAUUCCUCGAUUAGAUACGAUUAAUGGAUUGAAAUAUUUUACAGGUUUAAGAAAUUAUUCAGUACGUGAACGUCCACCAAUUAUUGGUCCAUUAAUUGAAUCUGAAAUGAAUUAUUUAAAAGAAUUAAAACAAUCACAAGAAUAUUUAAAUGAAAGACAACAAAUGAAUAUGUUAAAUAAAGAAUUAUCAGAACGUCGAAUGAAAUGGCAAAGUGAAUUAGGUUAUCUUACUGGAAGUAUUUUAAGUCAAUUACAAAUACCAAUACAGGCAGAUAACAGCAACUAUGAUCAACAUUUUGAUCGCUUCAAUAAUUCCUCAAAUAGAAAUAGCUCUUAUUAUCUACCUUCUAGCUUAGAUGAAAAGAUUCCGUUUAAAAUGAACAAUCAAAUUUCAGAAACGAUGAACAAAAAUCAAAACGCACCACCCGAACUUCUUUACUCAAGUAAAACAGGUCGCUUAUUGCCUCCAACUAACGACAGUAGAUACACGCGUACACGACAUCAGUCAACUAGUUGCGAACGACGUCAAUCUCUAAGAAAUGCAACUUCAGUUAGUGAAAUAUUUCGUAAUUAUGAAAUGCAAAUAUUUGCUAUGAUAUGCAGUAUUCUUCAAACAAACGAUAUGAAUGCAGUACAACAUUGGUUAGAAAAUGCAACAGAUAGAGAGAAAAAUUUGAUUAUAAGUCUAGUAUCUACUGCAUUAUCACAUCAAAAUAUGUAUUUUGAUACUAAACAAACUGGAGGUAAUUAUUAUAAAACUAAUACAGAUACAAAUUGGUCUAGAAGAGAAAAAAUGUCAAAUAAUGAUCCAAGUCUCAAUGAAACAGUGGAAGACGAGGACAUACAAAACUGCUGUACCGUAACAGAUCGUUUAGUAAUUGGUGAAAUGGAUAAUAUCAGCGAAACACACAGUAGAGGUGUACAAGCUAUUCUUUCAUGUGCUACAUCUGAGGAUACAUUAAAAUCUAACAAUAUAGAAGUGAAUAAAACAACCAAUAGAGAUGAAUGCUCUAGUCUAUGUCAAACACCAUUGAAACAAAAUUGGAAACAACAUGAAUCCGUUGGAGUUCUUUAA